UCUCCUCCCCGCGACCGCUACAUUCUGCGCCGAAACCCAGUCUCUCCCGGUCCGUAAUUUAACUUCUUCCCACAGACCUAGGGGUACCUCGUUGGGUACCGGGAGACAGUUUGGAUCACUGGCAUUACGGAUUGAGUGCGAUUUUUCGCGGAUGACGACUCCUUCAACGAGAAUUUAGUAAAAGAAAAUUGGUCGGAAAUUUCAGAAUAUGUGGAGGGGACCCUAAUUUCAGCAUCCUGGAAGUAGAAAGCACUGAAGAUCUGUGUCUUACACCACAAACAGGUGCAGUGUGUAGCCGGGGCAGCACAGAGGAAGGACACUCUGGGGAGGAGGCGGCGCGGCAGCACGCCUCUCCGGCUGUGGAUGUGCUGGGUGGCAACCCCCAGGCUGCACAGAAUGUGGCUGGGGAGUCACCUCGGCAUGCUCCGCAGCCGGUCGCAGCUGCCCCGCGCCCAGUUCCUCCGUUCACCGAUCCGUCCGCUGUGCCGCUGCUGGAGAGCAGCACCCCAGCUUACGCCAGCAUGGAGAAAGUCCCUCCGAUCACUUUGCUUGAGACUCUCCCGAUCAGUGGCAACAUCAUCUCAGAAGAAAGCACCGUCGGAGUUGCGAGAUCUUUGCCAGCGUCCCUCACUGAGGACUGCAGUUCCUCUGCUGAGAUGCAAAGGCUUCCAGCUUCCCCUUGCCCUUCUCUCCCCUCACAGAUUGACAAAACAGUGCAAGAGCUGCAAUACGGGUCACAAACUGAUAAAGAGAAAAGCCACUCAAAUAAUCAAACAAACCAGCUUCCUCAAGAAGGUGCUGGCCUUGUGGUUAUUACGGGAACAAAGGAGAAACAAUCCAUCACCUUGGAAUAUAAACCGGAGACUGGAACAAAUACGGAACUUGGUGGAAAAGAGCACACAGGAGGGAAUAUUCUCCCACAACAACCCAAAUCCCAGAUCUGUUUCACAGCCUCAUCUUUCCCUGUCCAAGAUGUCUCGGAGCAUGGGGCUGUGGAGCAGUCCGACAGGGCUCCACCUGUCCAAACAAAUCAACGGAGCCAUAUACCUCCAUCAGGUGCUGCAGAGCAAGCAGGGGGUCUCCAGGACUCAGUGUCACCUGCAGUCCCUCUGUCCUCAGCUGAAAAUAGAGAGAUUAAACAAACUGACCUGUCAAAAACACAACCUAAAACUAUCAAGGGGAUCUCAACUAAUGCUAGAGAUGUGCAGAAAGCAGCUUUUUUGGAGUCAGUUGAACACAUUGGAACACAACCUCAUUCAGAUGAAAUACUUGAGGCCCCAAAAGCAAGUGAACUGCUCCCUGGAUUAUACACUUCGACUGGAAAAGGAAUCUUGGCAUCCAGCUGCGGUCCCCUUGAAGGAGCGCAGGUGGAGAGUAGCAUGAGCAAAGAACAUACUCACUCGUCAGGCUUCGCUGUGCUGCAGGAGGCUUCCUCAAAACCCUCCACCAGACCCCCUCAGUUUGACACGGGCCUAGUUGUUUCGCUGCAGUCGGGGGAGGUUGUAAAAGCUGAAACAUCUCACACCUCUGACCAAGUCCCCUCCACAGAGCUGAUUGCAGAGCUCGUGCAUUCUGCCGAUGCUCAGGAAAUUGUAGUUGUCAGGGAGGAGGCUCAUAUCAGCGGGGCCUGGCCUGGCGUGCACCUGAAUCAGAGUUACCUUCUGCAGCGAGAGGACGGCAGCGUCUGCGAAGCCGCCAUUGUUAAUGAGCUGACUUCGGAGAUUUCUGAUGGGGAGCCGAAGCUGUACACGGGAAGUGUUCAGACGCAGAUGGAGCUGGACUCUCAACCUGUGGAAGUGUACGAGUUCUGUGGUCUGGUGGAGGAGGUUGCAGAAGAGACGGUCUGUGGCAGUACUGCUGCACAGAUGGCUCAUUCUCCAGCAUAUGAGGUGAACUUAUUCAACGCUUUACUCGAAAACUCUGAGGAUCUCGAAACAUCUAUCCACACAGUUAAUGAAAACAACACCAUCAUAAUCGCCCAGCAGCCCUUGCCUUCAUCGAGUAAUGUAAAUCAGGAUUGCUCUAGCAGUAACAUCCAUAAUCUGUCCAUACAAAACGCAAGCGUAGCCGGAGUCGAACAGCAUUUGGUGCUAGGUGCUAACCAAGCUGUCGAAGUGGCACACUCAAGUGGGGUUUGUUUAGUUGAAGUAGCAGCGGUUACAGCUGACUCAUUCACUCUUGAACAGGUGGACACCAGCGCACAAAUUGGGACACUUUGUUCACAGGUCAGUGCAGACCAGACAGAGGUGAGUGGGUCUGCUGUACUUCAAACCGUUUCCCCAAAACAGGAAACGGGAGCAACAGCUGCUUCUUUAUCUCUCUUAUCCCCAGUUGUUGCGGUUACCGGUGAGAAUUUGGUGAUGCAGGCGCCUGUUGCUGUCUCAGUUUCUCAUAUAGGAAACCAGCCCUCCCUAAUUCAGACCCCAGGAGUCACUGUUGUAAGUGCCGCAAAGCCUGAGGUCUGUGUUUCUGCUUGCCACGGGACCAAAGAAACCCCCGCUGUGACCGAAACGCCAUCACAGACUGUUCAGAAUGUCGCCGUGCCCUCAGUAACCAAGUCAGAGACUUUCCGUUCCACCUCUGGCAUUAUAAAUCCAAAGCUGCUCCUUCUCAAACCAGGAGAAACUCCUCUCCUGAAACACCCACCCUCCUUUUCAGUGUCCAAGCAACAGAAUGCAGACGGCAGCCUGGCCAAUGCCCACGGCUCCUGCUCCUGGUCUGGCACAGCGUCUGAGGAGUGCCUUCCCCAAACUGUCUCCGGUCUGAGCAGCCACAGAGAUCAGACGCAGUGCUCUGUCAAUAAAACUUCAGUGGCGGCAGCAGCAGAAGGGGCUCUUGUCAAAGUAGAAAGCGGUGAUAUUUCUCUUCAGCCCAAUCUGGCUGCAUCUGCCACCCCCUCAACUUCUUCUGCAAGCAAACCUGUGGCCUUAACUGUUAGCAAAACUUCAUCUCGAGAUGUUUCCACCACAACCACUACGCUUCACACCCCGGACAUGCUCACAGCGGCAGUCGCAGCGUCCACCAGCCCCGGGGACCCCGUCAGCCAACUUGAUUCGAUCUACGGGGAGGAAGAGAGUGAGGACACUGAGCACGAUGAACCUGCAGGAGAAACGGAGGUCCAGGAGGGCAACUUGGGACAGGUUAGCAGCCCAGAGGAAGGCAGUGACGACGAACCUGACGGCGAAAAAAGUGAGAUGACCAACCCCAGCUCGCCAUGCAAGCAUGGGCAGAGCAGGACAGACAGAAAGGCACUGUUUCUUAAGGUACGCCAGUGGAUUGCCGACAGGGUCACGGCGAAUUCUUCUCCCGUCUCACCUUCCACCUCCUCCUACCCCGGACCCUCAACCACACUUGACUGGGCCACACCACGGCGAGAGAGGUCCUCACCUCUCCGGGGUCCCCAUGGAAAGUUUGUUUCGCCUUCCUCUUUCGGUGCCUACAGCUCAUCAUCCUCGCCAUCGGACCAAGCCACCUCUCAGCGGUCCCGCAGCGAGCGUCACACCGACAUGGCAGAGCUAGCGAAACAUGAAGCCGACAUUGAGCAUCGAACACAGGCACUGAAGCGAGAGGGCUUCUGGUCAAUGAAGCGUCUCACCCGCCUGACGGAGCCGCCGCGGCCAAAAGUUCACUGGGAUUACCUGUGUGAGGAGAUGCAGUGGCUCUCGGCUGACUUUGCUCAAGAGAGGCGGUGGAAGAGAGGCGUGGCCAGAAAGGUGGUGCGGAUGGUGAUGCGCCACCACGAGGAGCUGAGGCAAAAGGAAGAGAAAGCAAAGAGGGAUGAGCAUGCUAAAAUCAGACGAGUCGCCUCUUCUAUCGCAAAGGAAGUCCGGGCUUUCUGGAGCAGCGUCGAGAAGGUAGUGCAGUACAAGCAGCAGUCCAGACUGGAGGAAAAGCGGAAGAAGGCUUUGGACCUUCAGCUGGACUUCAUUGUUGGCCAGACGGAGAAAUAUUCAGACCUCCUGAGCAAGUCCCUGGCACCCAUCAGGCCUGCUGAAACCGUCCUGUCUCCACAAAAGUCUCUGCCCCCUCCUGUCGACGAGGAUGACAGAGACUUUGAGCCUCCCUGUGAAGAGGAGGAUGAUGAAGAGACCAUAGAAGUGGAAGAGCAGCAGGAGGGCAAUGAUGCGGAGAGCCAUCGGAGGGAGAUCGAGCUGCUCAAAGAGGAGGGCAUGCUGCCCCUGGACCAGCUACUCAGCACCCUCAAUCUGCCUCAGGACCAGGGCUCGGACGAGGAGUGCUCUGAUGAAACUUCUUCAUCGGAGGUGGGGGAGGAGGAAGAUGGGGAAUUCACUGCCAAUGAAGAGGAUGCUGAGGAUGAGGAGGACACAAUAGCAGCUCAGGAGAAGGUGGAAGGAAAUGUAGAUCAUGCAGAGGAACUUGAUGACUUGGCCAAAGAGGGCAAUAUGAGCAUCGAGGAGUUGUUGGAGAAGUACAAAGGAGCGUAUGCCUCAGACUUUGAGGCCCCCUCUGCUUCUGGCUCAAAAACGAGCUCUGAAUCGGAGGUGUCUGGGGAUGAGGAGGUGGAGACUGAGGAAGAUGAGAGUGAUGUGGAAAGUAACACUUCUUCCUCAGAUUCACCAGGAGACAGUGCUGAAGACGAGGAGAGCGAAAAGGAUGAGGAUGAGAGUGAGGAGGAAGAUGAGGAUGAGUGUGGAGAUGAAGGGAUGGAGAUUUUGUUAAAGGAAGGAGACGGCAGCCCGUCUUCCUCUGGCUCACGGCCAAAGAAGGAGAUCAGCCACAUUGCUGCUACUGCAGAGAGCCUGCAGCCUAAAGGCUACACUUUGGCGACUACAAAGGUCAAGACCCCCAUCCCAUUUCUGCUUCAUGGCACGUUACGAGAAUACCAGCACAUUGGACUCGAUUGGUUGGUCACCAUGUAUGAGAAAAAGCUAAAUGGCAUUUUGGCUGAUGAGAUGGGUCUGGGCAAGACCAUCCAGACUAUCGCGCUGCUGGCUCACCUCGCCUGUGAAAAAGGUAACUGGGGCCCUCACCUCAUCAUUGUCCCCACCAGCGUGAUGCUAAACUGGGAGAUGGAGCUGAAGCGCUGGUGUCCGGGGUUUAAAAUCCUCACUUAUUUUGGCAGUCAGAAGGAGAGAAAGCUAAAGAGACAGGGCUGGACAAAGCCUAAUGCUUUCCACGUGUGCAUCACUUCGUACAAGUUGGUGCUGCAGGAUCACCAGGCCUUCAGACGGAAGUCUUGGCGCUAUCUGAUCCUCGACGAGGCCCAGAACAUCAAGAACUUCAAGUCCCAGCGCUGGCAGAGCCUGCUGAACUUCAACAGCCACCGGCGACUGCUGCUGACAGGAACCCCUUUACAGAACAGCCUGAUGGAGCUCUGGUCUCUCAUGCACUUCCUCAUGCCCCACGUCUUCCAGUCCCACCGCGAGUUCAAAGAGUGGUUCUCCAAUCCACUGACGGGAAUGAUCGAGGGCAGUCAGGAGUACAACGAAGGCCUGGUGAAGAGGCUUCACAAGGUGCUGAGGCCAUUCCUGCUCAGGAGGAUCAAGGCUGACGUGGAGAAGCAGAUGCCCAAGAAAUACGAGCAUGUGGUGCGCUGCCGCCUCUCCAAGAGACAGCGCUUCCUCUAUGAUGACUUCAUGGCACAGGCUUCGACCAGGGAAACACUGGCCAGCGGGCACUUCAUGUCUGUCAUUAACAUCCUCAUGCAACUCCGCAAAGUGUGCAACCACCCCAACCUUUUUGACCCUCGUCCCAUUCAGUCACCCUUCAUCACGCAACCCAUUAUUUUCCACACGGCCUCUCUGGUGCAGGAUGCCCUGGAGGUCUCUCCUUUGAAACGCUGUGACCUUUCUAUGUUUGACCUUAUUGGUUUGGAGAGCCGCGUGUCCCGUUACCAGGCAGAUGUCUUCCUACCACGCUACAAGGUCAGCCGCCAACUAAUCCAGGAGAUCGUGGAGUCCCCUGAACCUCCUCCAAGACCCAAACCGGUCCGCAUGAAGGUUAACAGGAUGUUCCAACCACCUCCUAAAGGGGAUAAUCGACCAGUUCUCCUUAUGAACAAACCAACCUGCUCCGUCCCCCCUGCAGCACAGACCCCCAAACCUCCUCCAGUCACUGAAGUCACCUCAGCUCCUGCACCUGCUCCUGCAGUUCAGCAAGUGGUUUGUUCAGUCACACACACUUCUUCUCCUCGCCCGUCUCUUCAUCCAACUACUCAAACCGCAGUGAGGUCCAGUGCUCCCAAACCAAUGCUGACCGUACGGCCUCCCACUGCUCCCUGCACGGCCAGUAUCCCAGCUCAGCCGAGUCCAAACCCCAGCAAUAUCAUGCCCCAGAGGGUCCUGCUUAGUCCAGAUAUGCAAGCCAGGUUGCCUUCUGGGGAGGUGGUGAGUAUAGCCCAGCUGGCUUCUUUGGCAGGUCGACCUGUAUCAUCCUGUCAGGGAAGCAAACCCGUCACCUUCCAACUUCAGGGCAACAAGCUGACUCUGUCUGGAGCACAGAUCCACCAAGUCCCAACAGCUCCCCCACGCCCAGUUCAAGGUAAUGUGAUAAACCUGGUGCCCGGUGCUAUGCAGCAUCACCUCAUUAGCCAACCUGCACAGGUUUCUGUCCAGACUACAGCUAGCACACACUCUGCAAACACCCCCUCUGCUGCUCCCCCUGCUAAUCGGCUGCCACACACCACCUCUCAAGUGCCCUCGUCCAUGAUGAGCAGCCCCGGAGUCGUGAAGAUCGUCGUGCGUCAGUCAGCAGGCAAGGACGGCGGGCCUGUGCCCACUCUAGCAGUGGCCCCUUCCCCUCGUGUCGCUCCUCAGGCAUCCCCUUCCCUGCACCCCCAUGCCAACGCAACCCCCAUCAGGAACACCGUUCCACUGCAAAUUGCCCAGCGCACCCCUGGUCCUGCUACCGCCCACUACACCAUAGCUCCUCCCAGAAACCCUAGCUCAGCCACGAACCAGCCCCAACCCCCUCGCCCUGUCCUCAAAGUAGUGCAGCCUCCUCCUCCAUCGAGCACAGAACAGCCAGCUCCAGCUCAGGUGACUGUCUCAGCUUCUGCUCCAAAGUCCUCAGCAGCAUCACAGGAAAGCAGCAGUCAGAUGGCAGCUACCACAAAGUCAAAGUCCAGUCUGGGUGCAAAAGCCUGCCCUCCCCCCAGGAAGGCGCCUCGUCCUGCUCCCCGCUCUCCUUUCUACAUGUCGUGGCUUGCAGAAUGCCAGAAACAGCAGGGUGACAGCCGGCUGGACUUCAUCUUUCGAGUCAGCGAGCUCCACUGCGGGGCAAAGCCCAUGUACGGCCAGGAGGUUCGGGACUUCCUGACUUUCCUGCCCGGGUCUCGUCCAUCACCUGCCGCCCUGAAAUCUCAGGGGGAGUGGGGUCGCUCGGGCCACAGCAGCUGUCUGCAUGCACAGCAGCAAAACAAGUAUAACUACUGGCUUCAGAGUCGCGCUGUAAGAGAGGCCAUCUGCAGCAUUGAAGAACGUCUGGAGCUGCUGAGCGACAUCACCGACAGGUAUACAUUUGCGAUUCCUCCAGUGGAGGCUCCUACCAUCUCAAUGCACUGCUGUCAUCCUCCACCAUCUCUGAGCCACAAGCAGGCAGUCUUCUCCUCCAUGUUAACAGCUCAAGUCACGCCACUCACCCGCAGCCUCCACCGUAUCCAGUCCUACAUGAGGACGCAGUUCCCUGACCUGAGGCUCAUACAAUAUGACUGUGGUAAGCUUCAGACUCUCCACACGUUGCUCCGAAAGCUGAAGGCAGGAGGCCACAGGGUGCUGAUCUUCACUCAGAUGACCCGAAUGCUGGACGUGCUGGAGCAGUUCCUCAACUACCACGGACAUAUCUACCUCCGUCUGGAUGGCAGUACUCGCGUUGAGCAGAGACAGGCCCUCAUGGAGCGCUUCAAUGCAGAUCGACGCAUCUUCUGUUUCAUUUUGUCAACUCGCAGUGGCGGCGUCGGGGUCAAUCUGACCGGGGCUGACACUGUGGUAUUCUACGACAGUGACUGGAACCCCACCAUGGAUGCUCAGGCUCAGGACAGAUGCCACAGAAUCGGCCAGACACGAGACGUCCACAUCUACAGGUUGAUCAGUGAGCGCACCGUGGAGGAGAACAUUUUAAAGAAGGCAAACCAGAAGAGGAUGCUGGGAGAUAUGGCUAUCGAAGGGGGAAACUUCACCACAGCCUUCUUCAAACAGCAAACCAUCAGAGAGCUGUUUGAUGUGAAUGAGGGGGAGAAGAGGGAAGCAGCAGCAGAACUGUCAGUGCCCCAAACUGAGGAGGAGGAAGCUGUCAACAAGCAGAGCACCACCAUCCUGGAGCAGGCACUGUGCCGUGCUGAGGAUGAGGAGGACAUAGUGGCAGCCUCUCAGGCCAAAGCAGAGCAGGUGGCCGAACUGGCGGAGUUCAACGAGAACAUACCGCUGGAUGAUGGUGGGGAACAGGAAGAGGUGGAGGAGCUCUCUAAAGCUGAACAGGAAAUAGCUGCGCUGGUGGAGCAGCUCACUCCCAUCGAACGCUACGCCAUGAACUUCCUGGAAGCUUCAUUAGAAGAUGUGUGCAAAGAGGAGUUGAAGCAGGCUGAGGAGCAGGUGGAGGCUGCCAGGAAGGGUCUGGACCAGGCCAAGGAGGAGGGCCUGAAGCUCCACACUUCAUCUGAUGAUGACGAGGAUGACUUUUUGUCAACACCAACUUCUGCCGAACCUGCUCAGCCGACUCCAGCUCGCCGUGGUCGCAAACCCAAGGACAAGACCGUCACCUCCACAAGGACUAGCGGUCGACUUCGUGGGGCCUCGCCCGAAACUGAGCCUGAGCUAGCGACUUUUAGAGAAGUGCCUGAAAGAUCCCGCUCGGGUCUGAGAGGACGAGGAGCUGCCAAAGACACAGGUUCUGUGUCUACAACCCCAUCCCGCACAGAUUAUCACAAAUCCUCCUCAUCCAAUCGGCUUCAAGAUUCCUCCAAAUCUUCAAAAGCGUCAUCUCCCGCCAGAGAUCACCAGACCAGCAAAACCAGGACUCAACCAAACCGCUCCCAUCCCAGCCCAGUGCCUUCCCCUCCUACAGCCUCGCCCCCUGGUGGGAAGCAGCAGUGUGCUGGGGAGAUGGACAGUAAAAUCACCAAAGCAGGGAGAGAGGAGAAGGAGGCAGAGAUUGAAAGGAGGGUGUCUGAGUCAUCGCUAGAGUCCAGCUGCCCAGUGGAUCAUCAGACUAAAGAUGAUGACCAUAAAGACGGCGCUAUGUCUCCUCCCUCCACCAGCUCAAGGUCGCCUCGCAAGCGCCAGUCAGCAGACGGUGAAGUCCUCCGGGGACUGAUUGAAGAUUCCCCAUCAGCCAAGGUCCUGCGGAAGCUUCCAGGCCGGCUGGUCACGGUAGUGGAAGAGAAGGAGCCACGAAAGAGGCGGCGGCGAGGAAGUGGUACCGGAGGUGGAGGCUCUUCGGAAGAGGCAACAGUGGAGGAGAGUGCUGAUGGAUUCAUUGACGAACCAAACAAAGAUAACACCUCGCCGAGCCCUGAUGCCAAAACUAAAGAGACUGUUACCAAAUCCCCUCAGGACCAGGAUGCUACCCCGAGUCCACCUGUGCACCCUCAGCCUGUCAGAGGCUAUCCUCCAUUUUCCCCACCUCAUCUGUCUCCCGACAUGCCUGUCCUGAGAAAUCUUCCCGUGCGGCGCAGAUUGGAAACUGAAUCUCGCAUGGCCGCUCAGAUGGGAGAGCAGCAUAUGGGUAGAGGACGGGGAGCGAACCAGUCCAAGAAAACGGACGUGCCACCAGGCAAAGACGCCGCUUCACUCUCUGCGGAGUCCAGUGUGAACUCUCUUGUACCACCUUUGAAAAGAAAGAGGGGCCGGCCCCCUAAGACUCCCCCGAGACUACCUGAACUUGACAACACAACAAUCACUUCCCCACAGCCCACAUUGCCAAUCGAGGAAGGAAACCCGCCGCUGUCCCCUAAACGUAAGAGGGGUCGUCCCCGCAAGGAUUCCACAACCACUCUAGAAACAGUUCAUGAGGGACAGAACUCUGAUCUAUCAAAAACUGAUUCCAGCACAGAUCUGACAGUGUCAGAGACCCCUACUGCUGCUGUUUUUGACAUGACUCAGUCCUCGCAGUCUACCAAAGCGGAGCACUUAGACACUAAAACUGAGGUUUUGGCCCCGCCUCCAAUUCCAGCCUCUGCAACAAAGUCAGAUGAAGCUUCCAUACCAGUCUCACUUUCCAUUCCACCUGCACCCCAGGUGACCUCACCACUUCCUGAGCCUUCCUCUACCCAAGUUGUUGGUUCAGCUCCAGCUAAAACGCGAAGUCCGGCCCCAGCACCAGUCCUCUUAUCCUCCACAUGCACCACCACCCCCGUCACCACCACAGCUCCAUCGCCCCCCACUGGCAUUGUCUCAUUGCCUCCUCUGGGUGUUAAACCAACACUUGUGGUUUCCGUAGCUUCUGAUGCUGCCGUUCAGCCAGUUGUGGAAACGGCAGGAGCAGACUCUGUUGAAACCACUACCACAGCCGCCAUACCUGUUGUUACCCACUCCACUCCACCCACUACAUCAUCUUCCAUAGCUGUUAAAGACCACGGCCCAACAAUCACAACAGCUGCUGCUACAGUGUCUGUAACAGUUAGUAUUACACCACCCGUCACCGCUACAGUGAAAUCACCCUAUGUGAAGGACUCACCACAAGCGUCCACCCCCACCAGCCAUCCUGUAUCAAGCCCAGCUACAGCUUCACCCAAACAGACCCCCCCAGCUGCAGCUAUAACUGUGACAACUCCAGUAAAAACACCCCCGGCUAGUCCAUCAACCUCUGCAGCUCCAGUAAAAAUAGCACAAACCAGUACAUUAAAUUCAGUCCUGAGCAUGUCUGAAAAAGCUUCUACUUCUCCACCAGUGACAACAGUGGCACCAUCUUCUGUUAAUAUAGCUCCACCGUCCCCUCCAGCCAAAGCAAAGACAAAUGUGACCAGUGACGAAAGCCCGACCAAACAAACCUCACCAACAGCUGAGGUUCAAAAGGCUGCACAGGUUCAGGAACCUGCAGAGCCCGAAAAGGCUUCAGCAUCGAGUCCAGUAUGCGCGACGACUCCAACUACAGCAUCCAACAGUGUCGUAACAUCUGCAGAGGAAAAGAAAGCUGCAGCAACUUCAUCAUCCCCAGCAGAAGUAACAGCAACUUCACCUGCAGCCCUUUCCAAAGACCACACUUCUACUACAUCAAGUCCUCCCAAAACUGCAGAAAAGAGAGCUGAGACCCCACCUCCAGUAACAACUACAACAGGCUCUGCACCAGCGCCACCUUCUGUCACCACCACUACAUCAUCCCCAGAAAAGUCUACUACCCAAGAAUCCACAACUACAACCACCACCUCUGCUUCAGUAGCAACAGUCACAGCAUCCACAACCAAAACAGCUCCUCCUGUGUCCACCACACAAACCUCUGCAGUCACUUCCUCUCAGCUACCAACCUCUGGAUCCACAGUUCCCGCACCUGCUCCUCCUGUUGCACCAUCUGUAGAGCCAACAAUGCAGAAAGAGUCAGCCUCUAAAAAUGACACGGAAGAGAUGACAGAAAUGGAAACGGAUACUGUGGAGGCUAAAGCAGAAACAAGCAAGGAGAAGGAUGACAAAAAGCCAGAUGUCUGCCAGUCUCAGCCUAAAAGAAGAAAGGUGGAGAAUUCUUCUGAGAACAAAGAGUCAGAAAAGGACAAAGGAGUGGAAGGAGAAACAAAGACCAGAACCACCCCUCUGAAAGAUGAAGCUAAGCCUCAGGAAGUGGAUGAAACUACUGAAGAUCAGAAACCUGCCAACCAGAAAAGGUCACUUAGUCGCCAGAGUAGCCAGGAGUCUGCACGCUCCUCUUCGCCAUCAUCUGGGUGCUCUACGUCCACCCUCACCCGUCACGCUCACCACAAGAGGACCUAUGAGAACAGACAUCCUACCAAGAGGAAGCGAAUGGAUGCUACAUCAGAGGCAGGGAAGGAAGAGGACGAGAAGAAAGAAUGCGGUGAGAAGGACCAUCCCACUGCGGCGUCAAGAAGGAGGCGCUCCAGGUCCCCUUCCUCUUCCUCCUCUGACUCUGACAGCGGUGACAGCAGGAAGGAGCACCGGAUCACUCGCUCGGCCAAACGCAUGCUGCAAGAUCAGGAGAAGGAAAAGGGCACUAAGGAAAGGAAAGGAACCAAACCAGCAGGCAGCUCGGACAAAAACGCGUCAAAUGCCAAUGCAUCCACGGGAGGAGAGUCAGGCAGCGAUACGUCUUCAGUUAGGAUCACACGGAAGUCUGCGGGAUCUCAGCUGCCACAGGACACUAAAACACAGACUAACAGUGCGCCCUCACUGCCUCCUGAGCCAGAGGUUCUGGGGAAAAGGUGUUCAGCGCUCAAUGCAGCAGCAAAGCUUUUAGCUAUGAAAGGCAGGGUGGACACCCCUGGUCACACCCCUCGGAAAGACUCUGCCGCUAAGGCUGCGGUGACUUCCACUGCCGCCUCUUCGGACAAAAUCCCAAAGCCUAAAAGCAAAAGUGUGCCAGUUUCUCCUCAGAGCAACUCUGUAACCAACAAUAAAAGCAGCAAAGCUUCAACACCCAAUCAAGCAAGCCGCUCUGCAUCCCGCUCCACCAGACAGUGCCCUGGGUCUCUGGUUCCACCCUUAGCAGUGGAGUAUAAGAGGCCUAAACCAGAGGAGAAGGAGAGGGGGAGCAGGAAGUCCUCGAGGGGAAAGGAAGGUGAGGGAGAGAUGCAGUCAUCAUCGCGGGGCCACAGCGCCUGCAGCAGCAUGAGCAGUGAUGGUGAGGGUGACUGCGGCGGGCGCAGCAGCAGAAGCCGCAGUAGCAGCAACAGCAGCCAGCGCACCCACAGCAUCAGCUCUCAGAACACGGAGCACAGAGGGUCCCGCUCCCGCGCCACUUCCUCCGGCAGCGAGCGCGAGAGGGACCGCAGCCCUGAGCGUGCGAAGAGCCGAGACAAAAAGCAGAAGCAAUCGCGAGAGAGCCAGAAGGACGGCAGGAGGUCCCAGAAGCUCUCGCAGGAGGUGACCAGCAGUUCAGGAACCGAGGGGUUGACGCCAGACAGGGUGCUACGGAGUGUUGCCGCGCUCGCUGCGGUGCAGGCCCGGUCACCGGCCGCAAGCACCCGCUCCUCCUCGAGCCAACAGCGUCACAACAAGACAUGAUUGGAGUGCCAAAGGGGGGGAAAGUAAACAGAAGCGAGGGCGUUGCAGAGCAUGUCGUGAUCUCCAAGGUUGCUGCUUUGUCUGCACUCUGAGUAAAACAAGAGAAAACUGAGUGCUGCACAAGCCAGGGACCUCGCUGCCUCUCGGGCCCUCUCCCUUUCUAGUUGGAGCGCGCCAGCUCGGCUUUUGACCGCUGGGGGAAGGCUCAGGGAUGCUGGACUGAUGGGAAACAGGUGGUGCCCCUGCAGAAUGUCCAGACAUGUGGAUAUGCAGUGGGUAAAACUCACCACUGGGA